GUGCGCAGUGAAUUGUGAUAGUGUGUGUUUGUUAUGAAUGGAAGCUCCACGUGGAUCUAGUAUUCAGUGAAUACGUGUGUGGCAUCGGGCACAGCCUUGUGGAUACGCCUAUUUGGGUGCCCGCUAAUGGCUUGUAAAGUAAACAGCUAGUGUACAGAAAUCACAUGCUGACAUCUAGUGUACAUGAUUAUUACUUACAGGACGUCUCAACAACCAAAUACGCUGUAGUACACAGGAAACCGUGUCACAUGUUGCAUAUACGAGUAUAUAGAAGAAGUCCUCGUUCAAGACGUCUCAAAAGAAAAGAUAAAAAGCCGGAAGAGAAGAGACCUCGGACAGCGUUCAGCGGCGAACAGUUGGCACGCCUGAAACACGAGUUCGCCGAGAAUCGUUACCUGACGGAGCGACGCCGAACGGAACUGGCACGAGAACUGGGACUGAACGAGGCGCAGAUCAAGAUCUGGUUCCAGAACAAACGCGCCAAGAUCAAGAAGGCGAGCGGUCAGAAGAACCCCUUGGCUCUGCAGCUUAUGGCGCAGGGUUUGUACAACCACAGCACCAUUUCUAUGACGAGAGAAGAGGAGGAGCAGGCUGCUGCAGCUGAGGCUAACGCCUGCAAAUAGUCUGAUUCUGACCAGCACCGCUUCUCGGCCCAUUAUCAAAUUGUGCAACAACUCAGACUGUACUGAUUCGUCUUGCCUUCCAUGUGAUGUUUGGUGUGGAGACGCUACAGGUUAUUAACAAGCACGGAAUUCUAGAUCUGCCAGGAAAUUACCUAUAGCUCUUCUGAAAAGAAAAAUGAAUGAUGAAUAUAAAUUUUAAUAGCAAACUAUGAAAAACUUUCUAAUAUGUGACAAAAAUUCGAGAAGCAAUAUAUUGUAAAAACGAUGUAAAGUCUUGAAGUCUCCACGAAAUAUAAAAGUAUGCUAGAAUCUUCUAGGGUAUCAUCCACUUCAUGGUCCAACUAAAAGCAAAAUUUUUUGGAGAACUGUUCUGUCAAGAAUAUCACGGUUAAAACAACUUUCGCCGAAGAGAGAGAGAGAAACUCCCCAAACUUUGGUUCGUAGUUCAGAAUUGGUUGAUCCCCGGAGAAGUGACAGCGCAUUAAAAAAUUGAGUUACGUAUCAAUUUUAGAAAGAUAAGUCCUCGGAUGUCUGUACUAUCGUUCUAGAAAUUUAUAAGAUAUCGUAUUUAAAUUCACUAAAACCAAUACUCUUUCUCAAAAACAAUACUGUCUCAAGAAGACAGAAAAAAUACAGAUUCAGCACAUUAUCUGGGAGUUGGCUUAGCAUAAUUCUUACAGCAACUCGAUGAUGGUUGGGCUGACUGCAGGGGAAAGAUAUGUUUCCUUCCUCGCAGCAUCUAGACCGGUUCCGAGAUCCACCCAGACAAUUAUUUAGUGGGUACCGAAUUUAUUUCCCGGGGUACAAGCGGACAAAACAUGAAACUGAACACGCACAUACAUUCAAUACCGAAAGGCUGUACCUCCGCUCCCACAUACGCCUUCAGUAACUGGUGUGUAAGUAGGAACCAGGAAAGCUUCACAAACAGGUCGUCUAUUGGUUAGAAGAUUGUCUUAAAAAGCAUUUUUAUUCUGGAACAAUAUUUAUUUUAAAUAUGAACACAAUUGGCCACCAAGUACGCUGGGACUAUAUUCGACGGGUUUCUGAACCAAACUAUCUUACUUGGUUUUUCAUGGUUUGUUUCAACACUCUAGAAAAAUCUAGGGGCACGAAACCUGCUUUUCCGAGUGCAGGCUUCAGUUACUGCCCGUCCGUAGUUCUUUAUAUAGGCAGGGACUGUCAUGAAGGUACAAUGUCUUGUCAUGUUCGUAGACUGUUGUGUUACCGUGCCACUUCUUUAUAAACGUCCCUUCUAUGACAUGUUUCGCCCUUAUGAGGUCAUCAUCAAAUAAUUUUACGUUAUUGCUACAUCGCAUCUGGUGCAGCACACCAAAAGUCUACGAGCAGGAAAAGAAGUUACACUUUCAAGACUGCCCUUGCAAAUUAAACUGUUAAGCAGUGCAACGGAAUGCUGAAAUAUAAUGUUAUUCGUGUAGACGUAAAUACUGCAACUACUUAAUUCUCGGGUUUGUCUCUGAAAAAUAUGAAACCGUUUCAUGUAGGGAAGUGGUAUCGCGGACACCAAUAUACUUACAGGCAAAAGUACGAAGAAACAGAAGGAGCGAUUCUCAAGUUGUGAAAGGGGUUUAUCUACAGACAUGUCCAGUAGUCAGUAAGGACAAGCUUGUGAUUAGUAGCAAUCACAUAACCAACCCCAUGGGGCAGAAUAAUUCUUAAAACACUAAUUGUUGCUCAGUUAAUCCAGAAAUUAUCCGCAUUUUAUUGAACCCUAAGGUUCGUCGCAGUGUUCCCAAUAACGUGCCACUUGUCUAUAUUAAGUCAUAACAAUUGAGUCCACACCCUCCCUUUCGUAUUUCUUGAAGUUCCAUUUUAAUAUUAUACAUCUAAGCCUAGUUCUUCCAAGUGGUCUCUUCUUCAAGUAUUCUACCGAAAUUCUUUACAAAUUUUACUGCUAUAUCUCUACAUUCCAAGUCAAUCUCAUUGUUUUCAAUUCGAUUAUUGGUAACAAUUACAUCCUCAGAGGAAUCAUAAAAUCUUUAAAUGUCUGGUAAAAAGUUUAGAUUCUUCAGUGGUAUUUGUUUGGUAAGAAUUUAGAGGGUAAUGUUCAGGGGAGUGAACGUUUCUGAUCACGAAGUCUGUUUAUGAAAGUAUUAUAGUAAUAUAAAUUGUGAACUAUAUAUUACUAAUAUAAGUUAUGCGAUACAGGAUGUAGAACGAGGAAAUAAGUUUACAGUUCUCAUCCAAAACCGAGGGACAAAAAUACAUUUUCCACUUAAUGAGAAACAUAUAUGUUUAACAGAUAACAACACUGGAAAAUUUGAAGCAAAAAUUAGGAAUAAAUUAGUCAAUUAUUUAGUGAAAACAUGAUCCCAAGGCCAUCCACGUAAGUUACGAUAAAUGGUUGUUAUGUUUAGAAGGAAAUGCGAACAAGAGAACUAAUUUUUCCAUAAUUAAUUACUCUGUUUGAAAAUGAACAUGUGUGUUGUACAAAACGAAACAUGAACAGAGUUAUCGGUAAUGGGCGCUAGACCUUAAAAUUUACCAAAGCAAUCACAGUUCUGUUUAUUUACAUGCACUUAACAACAUAAGUUCUCUGUCACAACUGGAGCCUACAGUGAUACUUGUGAUUUCAAAACAUGUGGCUGUUCAAACCAAGUAGCUGCAAGCUAAUAUUUGUAGUAACGCACUAUAUAAUGUAUGUAAAAAUAAUUAUGCUGCUUGAAGACAAAGAGCAUAU